ACCAGGAAGCAGGAAGUGAGAGAGGACAGUGGGCAGUCUGGCUCAUGAAGGGGGGCGUGAUACCGGCUGCCGGAGCCUGAAGUGUGGGGGAUGGAGGGGCUAGAGGCAACAGGGAUGACUGGGAGCGGUGCGGACACCUGCUGUACGGGUAUACCCAAGUCCACGACCUCCCAGCGGUAUUCCUCCUCUUUCCGGCUCCAUUCCUGGUGAUAUGACCCGACCAAGACCUCCCAUGAGACUCUACACAAGGUGGAGGCCCCAAUGCCUGUAAUCCCCAUCCCCCGCCGCGUUCGGUCAUUCCACGGCCCCCACACCACCUGCCUGCACUCGGCCUGCGGACCGGUCCGGACGACGCACCUGGUGCGCACCAAGUACAACAACUUUGACAUCUACCUGAAGUCCCGAUGGAUGUACGGCUUCAUCCGCUUCCUGCUGUACUUCAGCUGCAGCCUUUUCACUUCCAUCCUCUGGGUGGCACUCUCCAUCCUGUUUUGCCUUCAGUAUCUGGGCAUCCGAGUGUUCCUGCGAUUCCAAUACAAACUGUCCAUCAUCCUGCUGCUGCUGGGGCGGAGGCGGCUCGACUUUAGCCUGGUGAACCAGCUGCUUAUUUAUGGGGUUCACGUCAGCAUGCUGCUUGUCGGAGGACUGGGCUGGUGUUUUAUGGUGUUUAUAGAUAUGUAAAUAGAUGCAUGCGGGGGGGGAAGCGAUGUUCCCGGGCAGUUUUAGUAGGAGUCGGUCUUGUUCUUCUUUUAUUCAUCAGUGCGAGGCUAGUCUUUUUUUUAAUAAAGGCAUGUAAAUACACGUCAAGUAUCCGGCAGCGUCAAUCAAGCCAGGGUCGUAAUAUAUCUUAUUAACAUCCUCUCGCCUAUCCACUCUUCAUAUCCUAAGUAUGUGCUCAGACUUUUACAGAAGCUGCUCUCGUCCAGGUUGGAUUGAUAGGGAGCAUUUACAACGACCGGGGAAAGUCUUCAAGCGUAAGGAGCUUUAAAGGGGUUAUCCAAAGUCUAAAAGAUUGCCUAGGACCCUA